UCUCCUUUGGGGAGGAGGAAAAAGCGGUCCUGUGAAGGAGGCGUGUCCUGGCUGGUGUCCACCAGUUUAAAGAGGUCUGGGGACGUCAAAUCUCCAGCAUACGUGUCUGGCGGACAGGUCUGUCGGCAAGUUGCAUAGAAGCUUGGUCCUCUCCCUCUGAAAAUGGCCCAGUCAAUCCUCGACAGCAUGCCCGGAGCCUCGACGGGAACCGUGGUGGUGACAGAUCAUCUGAAUUUCUGGGGUGGGCAGCGAGUGAAACCCAGGCAGCAGAGCAACGCAGAGCCCGUGUUUGAACCUGCGACUGGCCGUGUCUUGUGUCAGAUGGUGCCCUGUGGGCCUGAGGAGGUGGACGAGGCCAUAAAGAGCGCCCACGCGGCCUACUUAAAGUGGAGCAAGAUGGCGGGCAUGGAGAGGGCUCGGGUGAUGCUAGAGGCCGCCCGCAUUAUCAGGGAAAGAAGGGAGAAGAUUGCAAAGCUGGAAGUGAUCAACAAUGGCAAGUCUAUCACUGAAGCACUGGUGGAUAUUGACAUUGCCUGGCAGUGCAUUGAGUACUAUGCCGGCAUGGCCGGGACUCUUGCUGGCCAGCAUGUCCAGCUUCCUGGUGGAGCAUUUGCUUACACCAGGAGGGAGCCCCUUGGUGUGUGUGUGGGAAUCGGUGCGUGGAAUUACCCCUUCCAGAUCGCUUCAUGGAAGUCUGCUCCUGCUCUGGCGUGUGGUAACGCCAUGGUUUUUAAGCCCUCUCCAAUGACUCCUGUGACUGCCGUCAUUCUUGCUGAGAUUUACAAAGAGGCAGGGGUACCCGACGGGCUCUUCUCUGUGGUACAGGGCGGAGCUGAGACUGGCACCUUGCUCUGCCAUCACCCCAUGGUUGCCAAAGUCUCCUUCACUGGCAGUGUGCCAACAGGCAAAAAGGUCAUGGAAAUGUCUUCAAAGGGGGUGAAGCAGGUGACUCUGGAGCUUGGAGGGAAAUCUCCCCUCCUUAUCUUCAAAGACUGUGAGCUGGAAAAUGCAGUGAAAGGUGCCCUCAUGGCAAACUUCCUGACACAGGGACAGGUUUGCUGCAAUGGGACCAGAGUGUACGUGCAGAGAGAGAUCAUGCCCCAGUUCCUGGAAGAAGUGGUGAAGAGGACUAAGGCCAUCGCUGUGGGUGACCCCCUGCUGGACGGCACCCGAAUGGGAGCGCUGAUCAGCAAGCCUCAACUGGACAAAGUACUGGGAUUCGUCAAUCAGGCCAAGAAAGAGGGAGCCAGAGUGCUUUGUGGAGGAGAGCCUUUAGUCCCCGCUGACCCCAAAUUGAAAGGGGGUUACUUCAUGUCACCCUGUGUACUAGAUAACUGCAGAGAUAACAUGACCUGUGUGAAGGAGGAGAUCUUUGGCCCAGUCAUGUCUGUGCUGCCUUUCGACACAGAGGAAGAAGUGAUCCAGAGGGCCAACAACACCACCUUUGGAUUGGCCUCUGGAGUCUUUACCAGGGACAUUUCUCGAGCCCACCGUGUGGCUGCAAACCUGGAGGCAGGGACCUGCUUCAUCAACAACUACAACAUCAGUCCUGUGGAAGUGCCAUUUGGAGGAUACAAGAUGUCAGGCUUUGGCAGAGAGAACGGCCAGGUGACUAUCGAGUACUACUCCCAGCUAAAGACUGUCGUUGUGGAAAUGGGCGACAUCGAGAACUACUUCUAAACCCUUGAAAUAUGAUACACAGCCGGAGGUCAACUGCUGCAGCUAAAGUAAACGUAACAUAAAACUUCUAUUUGGUGCAGUCUUGCAUUGUCUAAUAGUUAGUUAAUCAAACAAAUACACGCUUAUUAGACAUGUUAGGCCUUAAACCCACCAACUGCAAAUUUGGGAUUUAAGAUGAUAUAUGACCUUUAUUUCCCUUUUUUAUUUUAAGACCUUUUAAGACUUUUUAAGGAGCCACCGGGAACCUCUUAAGUUUACACUGCUGUGCCAGAACUGUGAAAAAAACACUCAGGAAAACAGGAAUGUACUCACCAGACACAAGUAAAGGUUUACGUUUCACCCAUGUACUUUGAGAGGCAUGUCGGUUUGAAAUGUGAAUAGAAGAACUGAAGAAAUUGACCGUGUGUGUGUGUGUGGAAGUACAUCCAAGAGCCUGAAGGAAGUCUGAGCAGUGAACUGUGAAUCAGCAGUAGAAGAAAACAAUUGCCUGGCAGUUGGUGUGAGAUUUUUAUUCUGCAUGCUUAACUGAAACACUAAACACGACUAACACCUUUUUUGUCAAAAUAAAAUGUUUUAGCUACAAA